AUGGAGUUCCCCGCUUCUUCCUUUCAGCCCCCAGCCGCCGCCGCCGCCGCCACCGGCGCCGCCGCCACCCCCUCUCGCUAUCCCGCCUGGGUUCUACUCGACAGAAAGGCCUACUUCGCCGAUCUCGAGAACGCCACCACCGCUGAAGCCAAAUCAAGCACCGGUCGCAUCGUAAAGGUCACCUUCUACCUAGCGGAUCCGCCGGCCGUCUCCCACUUUUGCGUCCAUGGCCCUGAUUUCAACCCCGGGCACUUCGCCGUUGAGCCCCGGGUUCUAUUCUCGGAGAAGGACCUCGUCCUCCUAUGCUUCGCCUUCACCAGCGGCUCCCGAAGUUCUGUCCAACACUGUGGUCUCGCCGAGUACUUCAUCUACAAGGUUGGCCGAGACAAGCCAUCCCUCAAACCGAUCCCGGCUACUCCUCCAGGUACCAGGAAUACACUGUAUGUCGGUGUCGUGUCGUGUGACAAGGGCGACGAUGGGGAAUUCUUCCUUGCCGAUCUAGCCGUCACAACUACCCUUGGUUACUAUGACAUCAGUAUUUUUUCAUCCAAGAAGGACAAGUGGGUCACUAGGACAUUGCAGUUGGAGGCAUCUACUACUGAACUCAGGGUAGAGGACAUGUUCAUUGUACCUCACAAGGUUAUCACUCUUGGUGGAGGCGUGGUAGGAUGGGUCGACCUCUGGCGUGGUAUUAUUGCUUGCAACAUUCUUGACGAGGACCCAUUUAUCUUUUUCAUUCCACUUCCCAAGCCUGAAUUCAACUUGCCUCGGGAGGGUGACCCAAAGCCGGUUCGGGACAUUGCCUGCUACAAUGGUGUUAUCAAAUUUGUCGAGAUGGAUCAUCUUUACAGGCGGGAGGUUGUUAGUAUUAACAGUCGUAGUAAGAGGUUUAAGAUGACGAAGGAUCUGGAUAGUGUAGAUAGGAUGUACGACCUGGAUAUCCUCCUCCGUCCGCAUGAGGACUUCCUAGAAGCGCCGCGAGAGCAAAUUAAUUAUAUCCCUGAUGGUUGGAAGAUCCGGACAUGUUAUAGGCAUACUGCUUGGGACCAUUGGCGCAAGGGGCACAUUAUUCAUGUUGAUGACAUCUUGGCCAACAACCCAAAUCAGUUUGCCUUGUUGCCACAGCUAUGGGAUGGUUGUGGAAAAUCACCAUUAAGGAGCCUGACAACAGCGCACCCGGCCCUCAGCCCAAGUGGUGAUGAUCUUGUCUACCUGAUGUCGAUGAUGGACUCGUAUGAUAAGACUGCUUGGAUGGUUGGUGUUGACCUUGGAAAGAAGGAGGUGGAAAUACUUGUACCAUAUCGUGCUGAGAGAGCCUAUCAUUUCAAACCAGACUAUUUGACAUGUGUGUUCCCCAAAUAUCUGAAUGAAAUUCAAAGGUCAUGUGCUGAGGAGAUUGCUGGCUUAUCACGGAAUUUUGUGAUGCAUGGUCAUCUUUCAUCAAACUAUCCACCCCCAUCGUUUACCAAUUUAUCACGUCCCAUGCAUCUCAAUUGUCCAUCAGCAUCAGAGGAUGUUCAUCCAGUGAGCUCCCAAUCGGUGUACCCGGUGCUAAACACUGACGAUCAUGGUCAGCCAUGGCUCUCAAUGCCACUUGGUGGUGCAUUCUUUUCACAGCUGUUGCAGUUAGCACACCGGCGCUCCACCCAACUAAUGCCUCAGUCGACAGAUGAACACACUGAUCGUGCAGCUGGUAAUGUCAUCUUGCGGCCAUCUGAGAGUCAAACAUCCCCAGUCGCCCAGCCUGACAGCGGGCUCCCAAAUGACACCUCGACGGUGGUUGAGAUGCCACCCCACCGAGUGCUCCGGCCUGAGGACGAGCUCUCCUAA